UGUCUUGCUCCAAAGAGAAAAAAAUCGUCCUUGAUGGUUGAGGGAGAAGGUGAAAAGUUUUUGAGAAGUUCCUAAAAUGCCAGGACAUGAAGAUUUAGCUAUGCUCUCUGUUGGUUGAUGCAUUUACGAUGUCUUCGGAUCCUAGCAUCCAGCGUAACCAAGUGGCGGACUAUUUCGUCCUAGUGGGUUUGGGAGACUCAAUUCGUCGAUACAAUGCCGAAACUCAGUUGGCUGAAAAUGCAAUUGACGGGAGCGCAGCGAGUCGUGCUUCAUCCUCCGACUCCAGUGAAGACACUGAACUGAGGCAGCUUGAAUUGCCCAGUGUCCUCGACCCUAUAACUGACAUUGGUGUUGUGUUCAUGGCAGUUGGAGAGCAGAUUCCACCUGAGUUUUGCUGCAUCAGUGCUACACCAACUGGACUGUGUGCUAACUUCAAUCAUGCUACGGCGAACAGCCCAAAGGCAGUGUACCUGUGUUACAGGCGAGGCAAGGACAGGCCACCUCUCACCGACGUCGAUGUUGUCUACAAGGGAGUGGCACCAUAUCAGUUUGAUGUCAUAGUGCGCAGCGUUCAGGGCAAACACAAUGCGGACAUCAAUCACUCGUCCGCCGGCCCGCCCACCAAUAUCUGCUAUCGGCGUGCUAGCGCACACUCUGGUCGUCACUUCUACGGCAUGGCUGUCACUGACCUGUGUGUCAUCAACAGUAGCAAGGGCGAGCAAGUGCCAAGAGGGUUUACGAGGAUUGACCGUGCUAUCCGCGCUGGCCUGACUGGCCCCUCGUUCUAUUUGGCGUACAAGAAGUCGCUGGUCAAGCCGCAUGCAGUGAGCUACCAGGCUGGUAUAUUGUCUCGCUACCCGGCAACGGACUACCCCGACUUCCCUCUGCCCGAGUCAGUGCCGCUCUUCUGUCUACCACUCGGCGCCAGUGUAGAGAGCUGGAGUCAGGAGACCGACUACCCGCUGCCAACGUUCUCGUCGUUUGUCCUGACGCACACCACCGGAAACAAGGUCUAUGGUGCGGCGGUGUCCUUUUACGAAGAUGUCUCCGACCACGGCAGUAUUGAGCAGAUGAAGAAGGCAUUGUUCGGAGAAGACGAGCCACAGUCGGCGCGUAUCUACUGCAGCAAGAGUAUUUGCAUUCUCUCGCACUUCCCUCACUUUGCCGCCUUCAAGGCCUUCCUUUCCUCGCUCUACCGCAUAUCCAUAUCUGGAGAAACCGACAUCCCCUUGGAAAGAUACAUCUCAAACUUCAUGUCGGAUGUUCCGUUCCCGUCACCGAAACGACCAACAGUGCUCAUGCAGCUUGGCAACGAGUCAAUCGUUCUGUCACAACCUGUCAAGACACCACUGCCGAUGAGUGGAGCAACUCAUGCAGUGUUGCUGCAUGCUCUGUCCCCCGAAAACCUUAUCACACUGUUGUGUCUUACACUACUCGAGCACAAGAUCAUUCUGCACUCGGUCAAGCCGUCACUGCUCACAGCGUUUGGCGAAGCCCUUUGCUCAAUUCUGUUUCCUGUGAGUUGGCAGUGUCCGUACAUUCCGCUGUGCCCUCUAUCACUGGCUAGUUUUAUCCACGCACCCAUCCCUUUCAUGAUCGGAAUCGACUCUCGUUUCUUUGACCUGUACGACACACCGGAUGAUGUAUGCUGUAUCAACCUGGACAACAACACCAUAGCCCACUCUCCAACAUCGAAAAAGUUGCCUUCCUCUCUUCUGCCAAAGAAACCAGCAGCGGUUCUGUUGAAAGCACUGAGAGCUCUGCAAGUUCAGAUACCUCUUGGUAUUGAUCUCGACUCCGACCUUGCGGUGACUGUUGCUCCACUUCGCGUCAAUCCCGACCAAGAAGAUACGGCCAGCUCUGACGUGGCGGUGAGAGAGGCGUUUCUACGUUUCCACGCACAAACGCUCUCUGGAUACAGUUCUUUCCUGCGUCCAUUGGUCAAGGCACCUUCUGAAGUGUCCACCGACGUCUCGCAGCUCUUCGAUCUGAAAGGUUUCCAGCGAAGUCAUCCCCAACAGGAACACGACUUCUUCAGCAAAUUCUUCGACACGCAGAUGUUCAACAAGUUCAUAGAGGAGCGCUCGUUCGUCAGUGACAUUGACAACGCCCUGGUGUUCUUCGACGAAUGCACGGAAAUCGCGGAACGACCGGAGCCACUGAUUACAGUGAGAACUGAGGGUGAAAGCCAUAUGACCGUUGUCGUCUCGCCGCCGGAUAUGGGCAACUUACCAAGAAAGACGUUUGCUUACCCUUCGUUCUCCCUGGACACAACACUGUUUGGAGAGAGGGAUACGGUUCAACCCACGCCGGAAGUGCCCAAAUCAGCCGCCCUGGCACUGGUCACGUGUCGGCGAUCGCGACAGGAGAAAUCCAAAAGCAGCAGGACUGCACAUCGUUACAUUGUGGACCCACGCCGGUGGUCCAAAUAUCUUCUAGCGCAUACGUAUGCUGUUUGGUAUGCGUACUUACCAGCGUACGUGCAUUCUCACACGUUCAAACGAGAGGCCGUGCAGACGGCGUUCAAGUUACUGGAAGCAAUGCACAACAGUGGUAUCCAUGCGCCGGACGAGGUUUCAUAUCGAAUUCUGAUGGAAGUGUGUGGUGCACAUGGCUAUCCAGCUCUUGCCGUUCGAGUUCUGAUGGAAAUGAGACGGAUGAACUUAUCGCCAAAUGCUGUUACGUACGCCCGCUACAACAAGGUUGCUCUGGAAAGCAAGUGGCCGUCGACUAGCGGCUAUUGGAGAACAAUACGGAAUGCGAUCAAUGCCAUUGCCCAGCUCAAUAUCAGGCUGAGGGAGCGCCGUGCCAUUUUGGCAUCCUCUUCGGCCCUGGCUCUUGCGGACAAGGGACGCAUUGCCACUAUUCGCAAGUCUAUGAGGGUGCGCGGCACAACCAAGCCCCGAAACCCGGAAACGGCCAGCGUGCAGAGCUUCACCAGCGCCGAGGACGGUGGUGUCGGCGAGGGCGGUGGUGAUGCUGACUCACUCUGCAGCAUGUCUUCCUACCAGCAGCAGGCAAUGGGCUCCGUCGACCAGUUCCCGCGCAACUCAGAGUCGUCCACUGAUGACCGCUCAAUCGUAUCACGCGACGAAAUGCCCACGAUAGUGUAUUCGUCCGCCUCCGCCGGUAUCACAGCCCACCAUUGGUCCACGGACAAUCUCGCCACGGCAACCACCACCGUUGCAAAGGCGUCGCCGAAGAGAGGGCACCGACGAGUGGCCAGUGCUACUAUACGCACCAACGGGGAUCUCGCCACCUGUGCGGGUGUGACUCCUCCGCUAUCCGGUUCUCUCACUUCGAUGCCUGGCCUCUCGCCGCGCCUGGGCAUGCACCGACGCACACCCAGCAACGGCUCGGACAACACCGCCAACAACGUAUCUCACGUGGUUGUGGCGCUCAAGGAGGAGCUGGACCACAGCGCUCACUCAGUCAUUGCCACCAUGGCCAGCUGCACGCGAUGCCAUCACUGCGAGUGCUUGGUGUUUGACGAGCAGAUCAUGGCAGGUUGGCAAGCCGACGACUCGGACUUCAACACAAAUUGUCCGUAUUGUUCAAAACACUUCAUCGCCUUCCUGAGUAUUACAAUCGAGCUGAAUAGCGUGUAUCUCACAACACCGCAGCAAGUGCCGCUUUCUGAGGAUGAGCUGGAGGAGAGAUUUCGGCGCGUUCGCAGGAUUGACCUGUCGCCCACAGCCACCAGUGGAGCUACUACACUCUAUUUGUGUUCGCUGCCGGAGAUAUCCGUUCCCUAUCUGAGCCCGCUGUUGCUGCGCAAGGAAGUGGAGACGCUGCUUGAUCAGGACUCCAGUAUACUGUCCAAGUCUGUGCUGGUCGAUCAACACCCCAUCAUCUACUGGAACCUGCUCUGGUACUUUGAUCGCCUGGGACUGCCCUCCUUCCUCACCAAUCUAUUGCUUGAUAGUGAACUGCCCAAGUCUCACUUGGUCCAAGUGGGUGACGUGUCGCUGAGUACAUCGUGGCACAAGGAAGACAUGGAGGAGACACCCGUAGCACUCUACAAGCAGUGGUUACACCGAGGUAGCAGCUCUCCCAGUCCUGUGCAUCCAGCCACCAAUGAUGCCAUUGCAGGUCAGCUGCAGUCACUGACAGCUCGGCUACAGUGUGCCGAAUACGCAGCAUGUGUCACUGCACUGCUCAAGGAACGCAUUGCAUGGAAACGUGCCAAGUCAUCAUCACAGCAGAUUCCCCAUGGACCGGGAGAUUUCCGUGGCCUGUACUGGGACAUACUGCUACUGUUGAUGACUGUCAGUCCAGCCACCAUUGAUAUUGUCAAGUUUGACCGUGAGUUCGCCAGAGUACUGCAGAGAUUGCCGCGAGAUCUGACUGGUGAGCUGCGGCGAGACGAUCACCCGGUCGGUUCCAACGCUGGCUUUUUCCGACGAUCCUUCAAGCUCAUCGGAAUGAGCCACUGGUGAUUAGGAUCAACUGGAAAGCCAUGAUGCAGCUUUGCCUCGUGUGUUUUCAUGUUAUUGCAUGCCUUUGUGUGGCACAAGUGAUGCUGCUGCUUGAUGGAUCUGUGGCACAAUCGGGACCGCUUGUUUUUGCAUCAACUGUCCGGCUGUCCAGAGCUGUGACGUUCUUGUCUCGUCUGGUUUCCUGUUUACGGCCUGUGUCGUGUGUCAGCAUUGCCGCUUGACGGGUGUCGUUUGUCAGGAUCGUCGCUUGAUGGGUGUCACAGCGUGACUGAGCGUGUGUGUGUGUCGCUGCUGCACCUCCUCUUGGUCACGCGAUCGCUCGCUUGGUAGUUGACCGCUCCUGGUGCCACGCCGAGUCGUCUUUUUGUCUGGACAAUGGCAUCUGCGGUGUGUGUGUACGUGUGUGCGCUGUAGUCGGCACCGCGCUUGCUAUUUGUGCGCUUACCACCAGCAUAUCUGUAACGUGCAUCAUCAGCCUCUCACCACCAACAGGGAUUCCCCCGCUGUCAACAAUGACUUCCCCGCCACCAACAGGGAUUUCCCCGCUGUCAACAGGGACUUCCCCACCGCCAACAGGGACUUCCCCUGUUCGCCUUUCCCGCCUGGAUUGUAGUGUACAAAACUCUGUGCGUGUGUGUGUGUACGUGUGAGAGAGAGAGAUUGGUAAUUUCGCCAUGGAAACGUAGCAAGUGGGUCUUUGUGAUCAUACUGUCCAGCUGCUUAAUUGCAGCCUUUUGUUUGGUCUGCCUUUUGAAUGAAUUAGUGUUGUAUUUACGGAACGGUACAAAUUCCGCUGGUGUGUCCUUUUUCGAACUACGAAUUUGCUCUAUAAUUAUUAAUAGGCUGCAAGAAUUUGGAGAGAGGGAAUUUGGGUCUAUUUUGUGUAGUCUUCGCAUUUCAGUGUUGUGAUCUUCUAUUUUUUGAAGUCUUCAGAAGAUUUUUGUCCUAGCUUUACUGGCAUUUGAUGACGCGAGUCACUGCUGUUGCUGCGCCGUAUCUCGUUGUUUGCUCGUUCUGGUUCUGUCAGCCUCUCUAAGACUCUACCCGCAACCGUGCCGGCCUCCCGCCAUUGUUGUGCCGUGGCAGAAACAAGCGUGUCACGCCUACAGCUGCCAGCCAAGUGUGUGUGUGUUGCUUUCCUGGUUGUGGUUCUGGAUAUUCUGCUGUCUCUUUCUUGAGUCUAAACACUUGCUAUGCUUGAAGUGCACAUAACGGCGUUACGCCGGGUGGUGGCGAUGCGACCCCCUUCUCCAGAGUCGGUGAUUGGUUUGCUCAGUCCAGCGAAUGUGCUCGCUGUCGUUCCUGUUUGCUGGUGGUGUAACGCAAGCUACGCAGUCCCUGUCGCAGUGGCUGCGAUUUCCCAUGCGUCUGCUCUGCGCACACAGACCAGCCCGUUAUAUGUUGUUAUUAUUCGUGCUCUUGCCUUCUCGGGUCCGCUCUCUUUCUCUACCCUGGACUGAACGGCUGUUUUGUUUUUGUACGGGACUGUGCCAAUGUUCCAUCUUGUCGUUGUGUGCAUCCGAGUAUUUUCCAAUUCUUAUUCCUAACUUGCUCCUAUUUGGGUAUUGUUUUGUUAGUUAUGCCCACCCCGCUGCCCUCGGCCUCCUGUCGAUGUCGCCUUUGCGGCGUGCUUUCCCUAUUUAUAAUAAUAACUAUUAUUAUUGUCGUUACUAUGGCAACUCGUGUCUGCGUCUGUAAUUUCAAAUACCCGGUGGAUUUAACAGAUUUAUUUAAUUCAGCCUAUUCUCAAUGCUCUGAACGUGUUUUAUCUACUCAUACUCUUGUUUCUAUGUACUUUCAAAUUGUUAUUGGUCAGAUCAUGAAAAUUUAGUAGUCUCAAGCACUGACGUAACUAGCUUUUACUUGCUGCUGUGA